AUUGGAAUUUGGAAGAAUUUGAAAAUGUUUGUUUGUUGUAUGAAAAGAAUGAAACAAAAAGGUUCCACCAUUCCAGAUCUACUCUCUGUCUCUUCUUGAAUUGAACCACCACGUUCUGCCCCAUCACGAGUGUGGACGGUGGUGGUGGUUACUAUUAUCUUUUGAAACUUGAAUUGAAUUGAAUUGAUGGAGUUCACUGAAUCUUACAAGCAAACUGGUCCUUCUUCUUUCUCUCCCAAUGCUCGUUUCUUAGCCGUCGCCGUCGAUUAUCGCCUCGUCAUUCGUGACACCUUCUCUUUUAAGGUUGUGCAAUUGUUUUCAUGCUUGGACAAGAUUAGCUAUAUUGAAUGGGCCCGUGAUUCUGAGUACAUUCUUUGUGGUCUCUAUAAAAAGCCAAUGAUACAGGCUUGGUCACUGACCCAGCCAGAGUGGACAUGCAAGAUAGAUGAAGGUCCUGCCGGUAUUGCAUAUGCUAGAUGGAGCCCAGAUAGCCGUCACAUACUUACCACAUCAGAUUUUCAGUUGCGUUUAACAGUUUGGUCAUUGGUAAACACAGCUUGUGUGCAUUUGCAGCUUCCAAAGCAUGCUUCCAAGGGUGUUUCCUUCACAAGAGAUGGAAAAUUUGCAGCGAUUUGUACAAGGCGUGAUUGCAAGGACUAUAUAAAUUUGUUAUCUUGUCACACAUGGGAAAUAAUGGGCAUGUUUGCUGUUGAUACUCUAGACUUGGCUGAUGUCGAAUGGUCACCUGAUGAUAGUUCUAUAGUGAUAUGGGAUUCACCACUUGAUUACAAGGUUCUAAUCUAUUCUCCAGACGGAAGGUGUCUUUUCAAGUAUCAAGCAUAUGAAAGCGGAUUAGGAGUUAAAAGUGUGUCGUGGUCUCCCUGUGGUCAGUAUCUGGCAGUGGGCAGUUAUGACCAGAUGCUGCGAGUCCUGCAUCAUUUAACUUGGAAGACAUUUGCAGAGUUUAUGCACCCAUAUGCAGUCCGUGGUCCUUGUUAUGCCGCUGUUUUCAAAGUAUUCCUUUUUGACACUUUUAUUGUUGAUGGUGUUGCAGUGUAUGAAACUUUAUUCACCAUGCCCUUGAAAUUGCAGGAAGUAGAUGAGCCUCUGCAACUUGAUAUGUCAGAACUAUGUUUGAGUGAUGAUUUUUCUCAAGGGAAUGAUGAUUCUCCAGAACGACCCUUUAGAGUUAGGUAUGAAGUUAUGGAAGUUCCAAUCAAUUUACCAUUUCAGAAGCCUCCUGCCGAGAAACCUAACCCCAAACAAGGAAUCGGCUUUUCGUCAUGGAGCAAUGAUAGCCAAUACAUAUGUACUCGCAACGACAGUAUGCCUACAGUACUUUGGGUAUGGAAUAUUCGACAACUUGAGCUGACUGCAAUCUUAGUGCAAAAGGACCCUAUCAGAGUGGCAGCUUGGGACCCAACAUGCACUCGCCUUGUUUUUUGCACCGGAAGUACACACUUGUACAUGUGGACUCCAUCGGGUGCCUUUUGUGUUCAUGUACCUCUACCACAAUUUUCGAUUAUAGACCUGAAAUGGAAUUCUGAUGGCAGUUGUCUACUUCUUAAGGAUAAGGACACAUUCUGUUGUGCUGCUGUACCCUUAUUACCAGAAUCUAGUGAAUACAGCUCAGAUGAAUGAUGCUUACAUGGGACUAAAAACUUUUAUGGUAAAUAUGGGCAAGCUAUCUUUAUCUUUGUCUCUGCAUCUGGUAGAUAAGUGUAUCUGAGGUUUAAGAUAUUAUAAAAACCUGCAGAUGUAAAUUCAAAUUCCAUGACAGUCUCUCUUGUUGGGUAGGAUAUGCUGAUGAAUACAUUUUCCAUAGGGGAAAUAGAGCAAUGCUAUGUUGCGGGGAGUUUCUCUUGGUGAAACCUUUUGUCAUGCAUUUGGAAAAAUUCAAAAGGCUGUCUCAGCCACCUUGUUGUAUGAGCAUGUAUUAUACUAGGGUAAUUUUAUCUUAUUUGUAACA